ACCGGUUUGGUGAGCGUGAGGAAUGUUAAGAUUGGCAGCGGUGUGUUCGUUCUGCCGUUACAGGUGUUGUAUUGACAGGUCAUGAUUUAGCACAUCAAGCUAUCAAAGCCUGAAGAAAUGGGUCCGAAGAAGCCAGCGGCGGGAGGAAAAGGAGCUGCUGGCGGUAAAGGUGCCAAAGGCAAGGCUGGAGGCGACAGCAGUGCAGAUGGGUCGUCAGCAAAAGACAAAAAGGGUGGAGGCACAUCUCAAGUUAAAGUGCGGCAUAUCCUCUGCGAAAAGCAGUCCAAGGCACUGGAGGCGCUGGAGAAGCUGCGGGCCGGCGCCAAGUUCAACGAGGUGGCCGCCACGUACAGCGAGGACAAGGCGCGCUCUGGCGGCGACCUCGGCUGGAUGCAGCGCGGCUCCAUGGUCGGCCCGUUCCAGGAGGCGGCGUUCGCGCUGACGCCGUCCACCACGGCCAGCCCGCGCUACACCGACCCGCCCGUCAAGACCAAGUUCGGCUACCACAUCAUCAUGAUCGAGGGCAAGAAGUGACGGCCGACAGCCGGCUGUGCGCUGUGUCGGGGCGCCGAUGGCGCAGACAGUGGAUGCAGCGGCGUGUUGCCUGUUAAGUGUUUGUCCGGUUCGCUUUGGGGAAGGGGGGUUUGAUUUUAAUACACGUUUUCGAAACAGUC